AUGCUGAUAGCACUCAUAGGCCCGCCCGGCGCAGGCAAGGCCUCGGUCGCCUCCUACCUCGGCACUCAACUUGGCUUUCACCUUCUCACCCUUACCUCUGCAACCACCCCGAUUCGUCCACUUUCCAACCUCAACGCUUCCACAGACAUGACCGCACUAUCAUCCUCGAAAGAGAUGUUGGACUAUGUCACAGAUCGAUGGAAUCAAUGCUUCGUAACCCUCGACUUGGACACAUCAGCCGAUAUGGAAGCAUUCAUCAAACGGCCAUUCUUCUUGUGCGUCGAAGUAGGCGGUCCCUUGUUGACCAGGUGGAGCAGGUGGAAGGAGAAGCAUGGUGAGAUUCGUUUGGAGGAGUUUGUUGCGUUGGAUGAUCGGGUGAGCUUUGGUCCGGGAACGUCGACACCCACUUCGCCGGCGACUGGUAUCAAGCCAGGCUCUUCAGCCAUGGCGUCUAGCAAAUCUUCUUCUUCGCUGCUGACAGGUGGGGAUGGAAUUUUGGACACGACGCUGUCCCACACUCACACUGAGCAUACCUCUGCAUCAUCAUCACUGGGCCUCUCCGCUCUGCGCCGAUACGUACAUCUCAGCAUAAUGAACGACCACCUCACCCUACCUGCCCUCCACUCCCACCUCUCCUCCCUCCACCUCCCUUCCGAAGAAAGACUCAGACCAGGAUGGGACACCUACUUCCUCAAACUAUGCAACCUCGCCUCCCUCCGCUCCAACUGUAUGAAACGUCGUGUUGGCGCAGUCCUCGUCUCCUCCAACCGCAUCCUGGCUACAGGCUACAACGGUACACCCUCAGGCCUAGCCAACUGCAAUCAAGGCGGAUGUCCUCGCUGCAACAACACCCUAGGCAACAGCGGAUGCGGUCAGAACUUGGAAGAAUGUUUAUGUUUACACGCUGAAGAGAAUGCACUUUUGGAAGCAGGUAGAGCUAAAUUAGCAGGAGGAGUAGGGGGUGGAGCAACAAUGUAUUGCAAUACUUGUCCAUGUUUGAGAUGCGCAGUCAAGAUUAUCCAAACGGGCAUAAAGAAGGUGGUUUAUCAAUUGGAAUAUAGUAUGGAUGAAAAGACCAAAGGCUUGAUGAGGCAGGCUGGCGUUGAGAUUAGACAGAUUCAUCUCGAUCCGUGA